AUGGCCAGAUCUCAAACAUACAACAACGUAACGGCCAUCUUUAACGACAAAAUCAUCAACAGCGGCUACAACCCCGAUGUACGACCGUUGGUUGACCAGUCCAAGGUCAUCAUAGUCGAGGUCGGGUUUGAGCUGGUCUCCAUUGUUGAGAUCAAUGAAGUAGCUCAGAGCUUCACGUGUAACGGAUUUGUGAUGUUUGCUUGGAAGGACGAGAUGACAGCACUGACAUUAAAUUUGGAAGAAAUGCAGUUCCGUAAUUCAGUACCUACAAUCGGAACUUCUUUUUACACACUUCAUGGAGAAUGGGAUCUAACCUCGGCUACAAUAAUUACGUCAAACUUAUCUUCAGGUGUCGUCCAGGUCCCUACAUUUCAGUUUAAAUUUACACUAAAAAGACGGCCGAUAUUUUUGAUCGUCAACAUUAUACUGCCAGUCGUGUUCUUGUCAUUCCUCAACAUACUCGUCUUUAUCAUUCCUGUUGAGUCAGGGGAGAAAAUCGGCUACGGUAUCACCGUACUGCUGGCACUGUCCGUAUUUAUGAGUAUCGUAGGGGGCAUGUUGCCCAGGUCAUCACGAUCCAUGCCCAUUGUCACCAUCUACCUCUUCAUCUUGCUCAUCAUCUCCAUGUUGACCGUCAUCGAUAGCAUCGUCAUCGUCUACCUCUCACACAGGGAGGAGAAAGAACGCCAACAUCUUAAAGCCAAGAGAAAAUUUAAAGACGCACUUACCAAAGCAAAAAACUCGGUGGCGCCUCUCGACAAUGAACCCCCCACAGGCAAUGACAAAGUGCAGAUGACAACACUAGGUAAAGCGGUCCUAUCAUUUUCAUCUCAAGUCCAGAAUGAAGAGAAACCGGAAGUAAAUAGGUACAAAGUGACCGGAAAAUACAUGGAUAAAGUUUCUUUUGUGGUGUUUUUGGUCAUCUGGAUCAGUGUUACACUUGGAUUUUUGAUAUUUGCGUCUACGUCUUUGGGCCACUAG